CCCGCGCAAGGCUGUAGCGGGCGCAAGGGCAGCUGGGAAGAUGGCGGCCCGGGUCCCUUGUCGGAGGUGGGGCUGGGCGGCUGUGUCCUUCGGCCGGCACCGAGGCCCGAGCGCGUCGCUAGCUCGGAAGCCCCCGCGGGCUUGGUGGCUCCCAGCUUGCAGACAAAAGGUAACACUCUCUUUUCUUCAACGACCAGACCUUCCAAGUCUGGCUUAUAAGAAGCUAAAAGGCAAAAGCCCAGGAAUUGUCUUCAUCCCUGGCUAUCUUUCUGAUAUGAAUGGUAUAAAGGCACUGGCAAUUGAGGAGUUUUGCAAAUCUCUAGGUCACGGCUAUAUAAGGUUUGACUACUCAGGAAUUGGAAAUUCAGAUGGUAACUUAGCAGAAUGCACAGUGGGGAAAUGGAGAAAGGAUGUACUUUCUAUACUUGAUGAUGUAGCGGAAGGACCACAGAUACUGGUCGGAUCUAGCUUUGGAGGAUGGCUCAUGCUGCAUGCUGCAAUUGCACGGCCUGAAAAGGUCGUAGCUCUUAUUGGUAUAGCGACUGCUGCAGAUGACCUGGUGACACAGUUCCGUUCACUUCCUCUUGAGGUGCAGAAGGAGAUAGAAGUGAAAGGGGAUUGGUCCUUACCGUCUAAAUACAACAAAGAAGGAUUUUACAGCAUUCCAUACAGUUUCAUUAAAGAAGCGGAACACCACUGCUUGUUACAUAGCCCCAUUCCUGUGACCUGCCCUGUGCGGUUGCUCCAUGGCAUGAAGGACGACAUAAUUCCUUGGCACACGUCUCUUCUGGUUGCUGACCGAGUAGUCAGCCUAGAUGUAGAUGUCACCCUCCGGAAGCACAGUGACCACAGGAUGAAGGAAAAAGCAGAUAUUCAGCUGCUUACUUGCACUAUUGAUGACUUGAUUGACAAGCUUUCAACUAUGGUUCACUAGAAUCCCAUUGUGAUUGGUAUACACUCUAACGCAUCCAGAAGAUUGAAAGAAUGGUAUUAAAUCACAGACCCAGAUACAUUAGGGUUUUCCCUCUCACUUUUAUUUUGUAAAUAGCCAAUAAGUAUUUAUUUAAUGAUGUCUUUGCACAAAUACACAAAUUGUGACAAAAGUAUUAGCUGCUGUUUGGAAAAUUUUGUCCUUUCUUUUAUCUUUGAUAUUUUUUCCAUUAAAAUAGUACCUAUUUUUUUAUUCAAGAGAUAUUUACCUUUCAUAUGCAUACUUUAGCUGUUCCAGCUCUUAAUUGUCUUCCCGUCUACAGUAAAGCUUAAAUAUUUUGGUUUUUGUUUGGUACCAUUAUAUUGGAAGUUUGUAAAAUUCUGAUUUUAAAGUGCAAUUCACAAAAUAGAGGAAGAUGUUUAUUGCACUAAAUUUGAAUGAUUCUAAAAAAAUGUCUGAAGCAUAAUAAAGUUGAAAAAAUGA